AUGAUGGGAUCAUCCCUUUCAAGGGCCCUUAUGUAUGGACCUCACUGACGUUUUACUCCGUCAGGUAGUUUUUGUUUAUAGAUGGCCUAACUUACUAUGUCUUCACUGACAGUUUGGCUCUUGGUUAUGCGUAUCCGUCUUAUGAAUGUUUUAAGACUAUCGAAAAGAAAAAACCCGAGAUUCAGCAGCUUCGGUUCUGGUGUAAAUAGUGGUAAGUUAGCAUUCCACCUCUGGCUAACAUUUGUACUUCUCUUCUCUGUACCUCAGUUUUGUUUUGCAACUCUCGGUAGAUUUUGACAUAUUCCGACGCCAAUUUCUUGCUAUUUUGUCAGGAUUUUGGCUUCAGUACUGUCCAUCUUUAAGAGAGUUGGGGACGUUUUUAUUUCCUGGUAAGCAGUACCCUCCUUUCGUCUUCCUUUUUCCUCUUUUAGCCAUGGCCCAAGGCAUGAGACUUCUACACUAUUUAGUCAUUUAUGUUUUUGGUCGAAGGUUGUCAAUGUACAGCGGAGCGAAGUUGGCGUUCUAUAUUUACCUCUGAUAUCCCACAACGGAUGUUAAGGACUCUCAUACAUUUAUCUGCAGUAUUUCCCUCUCAGAUUGUUUACGUUUACUUUUCUCAUGUGACGAUGAUUACAUGCUGUUUAUGUCUAUGAAACCUUUCUUCUGCCAUAUAUUGUAAAGUACGAACCUGACAUUGACCAAAACCUGCUUGAGUUGAAGGCCAGGGGAGGGAACAUUAUUGCCUUACAUUGUCUUACAUGCCUCAUAAUCUUGCAAUAUGCUGCUUUCCAGUCACAGACUACUGAAUCUAAACCUUUUCAGGCACUAAUUCCUAUAAGUCGCUUAAAAUAUUAUUAUCAAUCUCAUUGUUCUGUCUGCAAAUUCUUUAUGAACCUAGCUAUGUCAUGCGCUUUUUUUAUCACCAAUCAUGCUCUCUUCUGCUUUACUUGCAUUCCAACUUGAAGAAAGGCAGGGAUUUUAGAGAGAAUAGAAGGUUAAAGAAAAACGAUUGAUUGGAUAACAUUUCUUCCUCCCAACUUGAUUUCACGUACAGAAGAAGCGGUUAAACUUUCAUUUCUCUCUAUUCCCAAUAGAGAGAAUAGAUAGAAAGAAAGACUUCUAUUCCUCUCUUCUUACGUGAAACCAUGUGCUUAUAUAGAGGAGCGGUUAAACUUUUAUGCUUCAAGAUAACUCAUUUCUUCCCGUCGAAAAUAAGAAUAAACUUAAAAUGAGAGUUUCUGAAAUGAUUACUACCACGGCCUGUAAGUUCAUAUAGCCCACAGAGAAUCAAUAUCCACUCGGAAAUAAUUCCCUCGUGACCAUGGAAUGCAAGAAUAACGGUGUUUCCUGGACUAAAGAAGUUUUGUGCUGCUGAAAUAUUGGGUAGACAUGAUUUAACUAUAAUGUUUUUGUUGGUUCGUCAACCCACUUUCUUGUCCAACACUUUGAUCCUUCAAAAUAUGACUGUCCUUCCAUUUCAGAGUAUUUCCUUGUCUUUUCUUUUGCUAAAUCGCUUCCGCAUGGAGCUCGAAUCGGUUCUCUCCCAAAACUCCUAGACCGCCAAAUUUCCAAAAUAAUCUCUUUCCAUGUCCAAUCUAGCUUACAGAUUCCCUUCUCCGUUAUUUACUCAUCCCAGCUACAGAUCAGAGAUGAUACGAAGUCAAACGUUUAUCCCAGAGAAUCGAGAAGUUUUUUACUAUUUCUGCAGCAACAGCACCCACAGGUCUGUCAGCUACCACCCGCAGUGGCGGGCCCACCGCCAGUGGUGCCGAGCGCACACCCACCACCAGCCCUGAUAAAAGUUAGGCAGUGGCUGGGCCAGCGCUGGGGCUCCAGCCCGGCCGAACGCGCCGGUGUCGUCGAGCCCGCACAGUCCGGCAGAAACCACCGAAGCUGAGAAUCUCGUGUCAAGGGGCCUCGUUUGAAGCGGACGGAAUGCCGAACCCACGGCGGACGGUCGGGGAAGAACCCACCAGAUUGGCCCGCUGCCGUAUGAGGACGAGAGCUCGAGUAUUAACAAGUCAUUAG